GGCUACCGACCAGAUCGACCCCUCCAACCUGCCCUCUUUCCUGAUCGUCAGCGAAGGCCGAAGCGCGAGGACAUGACUAACACUCACUCCUCAGACCCUCCCUUGACGCCCGAAAAUGGCAAAGACAUGGUUACCUAAUGUAACGAAGUGGUCGGGACCGUUGAAAGAAAAGCUUUUGCAUGAAUUCUUUCCAAGGGAUUUGCCUAUAUAAGAGCAGCGUGUAAAACCCGAAACUGGCUUUCAAGAAUACCUUCAAAAUGGCCCAGAAAAUCAUUACUGUCUUUGGAGCUACGGGCAACCAAGGUGGCAGCACGGCCUCUGCUAUUUUCAAUAACCCUAGCUUGUCUUCCAAGUACAAGGUUCGCGCCAUUACUCGCGACACAUCCAAGCCAGCAGCGCAAGCUCUUGCGUCCAAGGGCGCCGAACUAGCCAAAGCCGACAUCAACGAUAUCGAAAGCGUUAAAGCUGCUGUCGCUGGUUCAUAUGGUGUGUUUGCUGUCACAAAUUAUUGGGAGACGCAGUCCAAAGAUGCCGAGAUUAAGCAAGGCAAGAAUAUCGUCGAUGCGUGCAAGGCCGCCGGCGUCAAGCACUUGGUUUGGUCGACCUUGCCACAUGUGACUAAGUUGACUCACGGCGAGCUUACCAAAGUCGAGCACUUCGAAUCCAAGGCUGAAGUGGCAGAAUAUGCGGAGCAGGUCAAAGGCGACAUGAUGGUUUCGUACUACAUGCCGGGGUAUUUCAUGUCCAACCUCAAGACUCAAAUCAAGCCAGAUGAACAGACUGGGGUGCUCACGCUUACUCUACCGUGGAAUCCUCAGAAUACAUGGGUGCCUUUGAUCGACAUUCAGAGCGACACGGGGUUGUUCACGGUGGGCCUCCUCGAAGCUGGGUCGGCGGCCAAUGGAGUCUAUGUCCAUGGUGUCGGCGAGUGGGUGCACCCUCAGGAAAUUGUGGACACGCUCUCGAAGCUCAAGGGCAAAGAGAUCAAAUUUGUCGAACAACCCGCUACUGUCGAGUCCGCUGCGAAAAUCGGGAACAAGAUUGCAGAGGAGUUGGCACAAAAUAUGAUGCUGAUCCGAGACUGGAGCUACUACGGCAAAGGAACCGAGAAGACCCAGGCUGAGAGCGACAAAUACUUGGUUCCUGGCUCGAAAAAGGUUUCGUGGAGGGAAUUUGCUGAGCAAGCUAAGUGGCCGUUCUAGGCUGAAGAGGAUCUUAAUCCAAGUGUGUCGUCCAGCCGGAAUCAAGGUAAACGGCCAAUUGCAUGGACUAUGGAAAGCAUGGAGGGAAAAAAGGAUCCUUUACAAGCCCUGAAAAGGCAUUUCAAGAAAAUCAUCAACUAUUGAUCAUGUGGCUCUGUCUUCGCCUUUGACU